AACACAACUCCUAGCAGGCGGCCCUUCCCUUCGGCCUUACGGGGUGAGACGGAGGAGCCAUGCUGAGGUCGGAUAAACCAACGCUGGGCUCCAGGCCAGUCAUUGGAUCAUUGGUCCCUCGGAAGGACUCCCCGGGCACAGACAUCUUCCGCAAUGACAAUGGAGACUGCAUCGUCCGCUCCGACCUGGGCUGCUACCUGCAGACAGAGCUCCUUGAGAACGGGCGCAACAUCAAGAUCCAGAGACUGCACCCCGCGUGCGAGGGUGGGGAUCACUACUUGGGCUGCGUGGGGGAGCCCAAUAUCUACAUCCUCAAAGGCAGCUACUACCGGGUGGUGAAGGACCUGAGCAUGGAUGACAACCCCCAGGACUUUGACUUGCAUCCCAGGUGCCACAGCGGGGACCACUAUGGGAUGACUGGUUAUGGAUUCUUCAUCAUUUUCCAAAACCAGGGUGAAAUGCGGUGGGUGACUGAUUUGAGAACAGCUGAAGGUGAAAGAAACGUCAUCCUGCACCCCGAAUGCACAAAGGGGCUCUACUACUUUGGGAUCAGUUGCCUCCUUACCCUGAUCCAGGUGGACGAGAAGUGGGGGGCUCAGUUCUACUUGUACAAUGAGAUGAGAUCUGCCAACCUGAAUUCCUUCUACUCCAUCUACCCUGACGUGCUGAAUUUCUUCCCUGGGGGGGGUGACCCUCACCAAGGGCAUCUCCUCUGCGGGUUGGGAGUGCAUAAAGACCCUGCACAAUGACUCCGGCUCCCCCAUCAGCUGGUCCGACAAGGUCACCCGCAAGGUGGGCUAUGCCAAGCAGUACAUGUCCAGCAUCGAGCGCAACUGGAGCAUAUCUGCUGAGUUGUCCUGCGGAGCUGGAGAGCUCAUCAAGCUCAUCACCCAGCUCCAGUUCUCCCUUGAGUUCGAGUACGGUGGGAGAAACGUCCAUAUGUGGCAGGAAGACUGGACCGAAGCCCGAGAAGAAGAGGAGUCAAUUCAAGUGACCCUGGAGCCCAAAAAGAACCUGUACAUCUGGCAGUACCGCCUCUGCAUGGGCCAGGAGCCCAUCUUGUUCUGCAGGAACAUCCAGUUCACCAAAGAAAAUAACCCACCCGACCACGUCCCUCUGUCUCUGGUCUGAGCAUCUGUGAGGAUGGAGGAUGCCAGCACCAUGAUGAUAGUCUGGAUGUGUGCAUGUGAACUGCUUUGACCUAGUACUGCCCCUUCAGAUCUUUCCCCAAGCUGCCCAAAAUUUCUCCAGAAUCCCCAACAUUCCUCCCCCUGUUUUUCCUACUGUUCCCAGCAUUACCCAAAUCUUGUUUGCAACGUAGAGGGUUUCAUUAAAUGUCCUUUCCUUCCUAUUAUUAUUAUUAUUAUUACAGCUGGUCUGAAAAUGGGAUUUGAGUUUCCUGUGCAAAAUUUGGAUUCUCUAUUGAAAAACCAAAGCAACAACAAAAAAAUUGACUAAAAGCUGCUGAAACCUCAGAAAAUUGGACAGAAAAGAGCUGAAACCUGAAAAAAUUGACAAAAACAUGCCCCAAACAGAAAAAUUCUUGGCAAAACACUGCCAAAGGAAACAAAAAUAUAUUUGCUGAAAACUGGACAAUGUUUUAUUUGUAGCCAAGCAUUUUCAGGUCUUCUGACCAAAAAAAUGACCCUGAUUUCGAGGGAAGCUGACACUUGCUGGGAAUAUUUUCCUUUUGCAAAACAAUCCAAUUUUCCCUUAAAACCAAUAUCUCAACGAGCUUUAAUGAUGAGGACACACGGCCGGCCCAAACUUCUCCCCCUGCCACGUCUCCAUUCUCAUUCAUCCACCUCCUUCACAGCCUUCCCCAAACCUCCUGCCAAAUAAAGGACGUGAUUGAAUGACAUGUUCCCUCUCCAAUUGUUACUGAUAGUCACAGCCCAGAAUUUGCUUUGGGCUCCUUCAGAGUCGAGUGUCCAGUGGAAACCAGAGGAAUCCCUGAAGUGUUGUAAGUGAGAACGAGGAUCAAUACCAUGGAUUUGCUUAGGUGCCAGAGUAGAUUUGAAAUCUGAAAUCUAGCAAACUGCAUUUGCAGUCCAUGUCUGAAUGAAAUUUAAUUAGGGUUACCCUGUAUUAUUGAGUCCUGGGAGCAUUAGUGUUCUCAAUUUAAUGCUUAACUUUUCUCAGGUCUAUUUUCACCCUGGAAAGUACUUCUAAAGUCAACAAGGUAUAUAAUCAUCAGCUUUACAGAUCAAAGAUUAGAUACACCAAAUAUCCCAGGGAUGUACUGAACACAUGUGGUCUGGCACUCAACGGUCAUAGAUAGACCAGGGUUGGGGCCCAGGACUUAUACUAUAGACCAACCACUUAGCUGGCUUAAUGACAUAGUUACACUAAAGUAAAUAUGUAGUGUCGACCAAGCCUCAUUUAUAAUCAUCAGUUCUUCAGUCUCUCCAAUACAUUUGUCACACUUUAAGUAAUUCUCUGAAGCACUUUGUUUGAAGGCAUCCUACUAACCGGGUCCCUGCUUGUUCUAGUGCGGGGUUUGAAAGGGACUAGUUCAAACUAGCAAAAGCUGUUGUUUAAAGUUAUUGUGGGAGGUUCUCUGCAGCCAUUGACUUGGGCUGAGGAUGGAGAAACACGCUAAUGGCAAUGUGUAGUUAAAAUCCAAGAUACAAUUCCUCAGUGCUGUGCUACGAAGAGAGCAGACACAGCAGGGGAACUUUCAGAUACUGAGAUUAAAGAAACAUCAAGCGAUACAACCUCCAAAAGGAAGUCUCACCACUUCUUCUCAGCCUGGUAAGCCUGGCACAGGAGAAUGCGGGACACAUGGUCUGUCCAAGUAUCUGGCAGCACUUCUAGAUUCACCAGCUUCAUUGGUGGGCUCAGCAAAACUCUGAGGUCCACCAUGAUGACCCCACUUUAUACACCCUGUGUUGGGGUUCACUGGAGGAUGACAAUCUUCUUAUUUUCUACUGGACACUUGCUGCAGCUCUCAGAUUUCUGGUCUGUUACUUUCUCUGCUGCUUCCAUCAUUAUUCAGUAGAUGCUCAUCCACAUUUUCUGUCAUUCUUCUGAGGCUCUUUGUUUUAAUAAUUUUUAACACUGCAUUCCUGUAUGAAAACAGCCUAUUAAUUGGGUUUCCCCCCUUUUUAAAACAAUUUAUUUUAAUGUUUCAAAGUCACACGUACGUUGGAUGCUUCGGCCUUUCAAUAUUCAUUUUCCGUCCUGUGCCAGACAGUCUCUAUCAAUUCCAUGAGGCAACAAUCAGUCUGAAAGAAAACAGACAAAAUCUUGUAUAAUUCUUCUAAACAUAGCAGACAAGGGGCCAACUUUGAAAAGGCAUUUAGGUGCCUGAAGGAGUAGGGUGGUGCCUAGUGUGGAUUUUAUGGGUGUCUGCAGGAGCGAGAGAUUCUUGAGUUGAGUCUUGCAUUGACCUCCUGGAAAUCGAUAGGAUCAAAUCAGUCCCUUCAAAUGCAUGCUCACCACUUCUCAGUGCCCUCCUCCCAGCUCGCAAACCCAGCUCAUUCGCUUCCCGUUCCCCAGCUUCUCUCCAAAUCUAGUUAGCAAUGCAGCUGAUUUUAUUUCAUCUUCUUCUUCAUCUGUCUUUUCUCAUUAUAAUCCACAGCCUGAAUUCUGCUUUGGGAUCACUGAGGAGUUGAAUCUGCUGCCGA